UAUCUUAUUGAGUCUAUUGUACUGCCACCAUUCCCCCCUCCACACACACACACACACACACAUCCACAUGCCCAUCCUUGUGAGCCCUUCUCACUCUCUUGUAAGGUUAAAAGAUCUUUGGGGUUCUAUAUGGAGAAGAGUAAAAGAACUUAAAAUGUUUUAUUUAACACUCAUUCCCUGAGCAGCGUUGUCACUGAGGAACAGCUUUAAAAUAGUGUUUGUUUGCCUCUCACUUUGCUAUGACCUGGUUGGCCUGAAGUUGUUUUUGAGUUGGCAUUUUUCUUAUCUUUUUUGUGGCACUGAUUUUUUCACUCAUCUCCUUUCUGUGAUUGGGUUAUUUACUUUGGAGGAAUGAAUUGGAAGAUUUCAAGAGCUGCGGUGAAAUCCUAAGUACACCUGCCAUGUGAAGUAUUACACGAUCUCUGAUGACCUCAAGUAGUCACGGUCUCUUUAUAUCUGUAACACAACGGCUCACUGGUGGUUCACUACUCUAUGUCAACAACGCUUGUCAGGCCUGACAUACUUCAUACACCUAACACACUGUUGUCAAGAUAUGUACCCAGAAGGUUACGAGUAGUAUAUCAUUGGAAAACUAAUAACUCACUGAUCAUUAAUAUUCUUGCAUAAUGAAUGUAUGGGGUAUGUAGAGAAUUGUUUGUUCUUACAAUGUCUUUGACAAGCAAUGCAUUAGACCAGUCUGUCCUAGACAAUGAAAUGUGUAUUUGCUUGGCUGACCAGCCUGGUCCUCAGGCAGAGUACCUUUUAUGUAAAUACACCUUCACUUAAACAAAGCCAUCAACCUAGUGAGUGGGAGAAAUAGCCACUUGUGGGGGUUUGAACCUCAAAAGAUAAGUAAGUGAAUCAAUUGAUUGUAUGCAAUAUUACUGGGUUCUAAAAGUGUAUCAAGUAAGGUCUUUUAUGAAAGCUAAUGAUGCAGUGGCAAUUAAUAUCAUUGUAACGUGUAUGUACUAACACUAUAUGAGCAAUUAACUCACUGAUAUUACGCUUUAAAGUCUGUGACCAAAGAAAAGGAGAAACUGGUUUUCUUCCAGACAGGUGGGAAGGCAGCUAUCUAUUGGUCUCCAAUGAAAUUAAGCCAGGUGUGACCAAAAACAAUAGCAGUCCUUUUUACAUAUGAAUCAGCAGGGGCAUAGGAAGUCCCCAAGAAGGGAAGAACAGCAUGGGGUCAUCCUGAGUCUGGGGACAAAACAGUGAGUUUUGGAAGAUAUAAGAUUAAGACAACUCCAUUUUGGCAUCCAUCACUGGACGGACAUUCAAGAGGCCAGAUCUCUUGCAAGCUGAAAAAAAUGGUUUCUUCAACCAAUGCGGGUUAAAUCUCUGGGAACUGAAUAUAGCUAAGAAACCAGUUUACGCAAAGAUCUUUCACCUUGGAAGACAAGGAAAACCAGCACCUUGUACUUCUGUGUAAGAUCCUUACUGAAAGAAAGUCAGCCAUGGCUGGAAAGAAGAAAGACUGAUAAGAAAUAUACCUCAAACCAAGUCUACAGCUUGUUCAGUCUUAGCCAUUAGAAAGUGUAUUUUACUUGUAUUUGCUUGUAACCACUUUGUCUCUAUCCCUUGUACUUGAACUCACUUAAAACCUCUUUGUUUUGUUUUACUUUUAAUUUACACCAGCCCCGUCCUUGUUUGAACUGAAGUGAUUAUUAAUUCCAGCUAAAAUAAUAAACAGUGCUUUUGUCUCUUUAAAGGAGCAACUCCUCUGAAUGUUCCAGGAGAAGUUUGAACAUUUCAGGGCAAUUUGGGGAAAUUCAGGAUGGAGAUAUUUUGGGGUCACAUAGCUGGUAGUAACCAAGGCUGGUAGAAACCAGUGUGACUAUGAUGUAAUAAGCAGACUACUGGCUUCAGAGUUGCUGGACUAGGGCUGCUCAACAUAGUGUAUGCUGGCUGGGAGCAUCCAGACAGGGAGCUACAGCUUCUGAGUGUUUUAAGAUACUCGGAGUUACAGGACAAGCAAUGACACAACCUUUCAUUGGUCUGAAUUGCACCACAGAAUGUGACAAUAUCAUAUUGCAUAAACAGCAUCUCCAAACUCAGAAUGAUUGCUGGGACAUUGCUACAAAGAGAAAAAUGCCACCUACAGAAUCACCCCAUCCUCUCGUAUCGAGGUUUUCCUUGUGGGUUUCCUGUGCAAGUAGUUAACAGAUCUAAGCCUGUAGUUUAGUUUAUCAAAUCUGAGGCUCCUGAAGGUGAUAUGAAUGCAUAGGAUUAGUUUACUGAACAUUAUUAAUCUUACAAAUAAAAUGUGUAUAAUUUAGUGGUUGUGAAAUUAAAGUAAUUAACAUAAGCAAAAGCAUGAUAGCAAUCAUUUUAAUUUCUUAUAGAAUUACAGACAACAAAUGAACAUUCCCAUGAUGGGGGAUAAGAAUUAGUAAAAAUAAAUAGAACAGAGUAUAUAUAAGCUUUAUGGAACUAAAAUGCAUGUUAAUCACUGCAUUGGCUCUAUAAUCUUUACUCCAAAAUUUAAGUUCACAGAUCAAAAUACCUAAGGACCUACGAACAGCCAUACUGGAUCAGAUCAAAGGUCCAUCUACCCCAGUAUCCUGUCUUCUCACAGUGGCCAAUACCAGGUGCUCCAGAGGGAAUUAACAGAACAGGUAAUCCAAGUGAUCCAAGGCCUGUCCCCUAUUCCCAGCUUCAGGCAAAAAGAAAAAGCAUGCAGGGGUUCAUACUGUUUCCUUGAGACAUUAAUUGCACUGGAGGGAGGGAAGCAAAGGCCAGUGCAGGAAGGCAGCAUGAGGGACAAGAAAGGGAGACAGUGUCAAUAUACUGGCCUAGCAUAUAUGGUAAUGGAAUUCAAAUGUAAUGGUUGCUGUUAUCAUUUUACUUUCACAUGAAUACUGCCCAAAAUGAUCCUCCUAUUCUGACUACAGGGCUACUUCAGUUCAUUAUGAAGCAAAUUCAAUGUCACAUUUAACACUGUUGGACAGUCCUUUUUUUGUUCCCUAAUUAUGACUCAUCCAGCAUAAAAAAAGAUUAGACAAAUUGGAUAUAACCCUAGGAGGUCAUUUAAAAAUGACUCCCCUUUGAGGUGCUGACAGUUUUAGUUUAAGCCAAUAGGAAAACCAUUCCGUGUCUUCUGCUGGCAUGUUUUUGUUUUUAGAUUCUAAAUCCUUGUCACACUGAUACGUCUCAUUAUUAAUGUCAUCAUCCACAGCGUCCUCUGUCUAGACUUCCUAGAAAUAGGGCUGUGCUGGAGUUAAUGAUGAAAACAACCCAGCUUAGAAAUGAAACUGAAGAGUGAUGUGUCAGGGUUUUUUUGCAUUGGGUGUUUAUUCUGUUGCCUGGUUGCUACUUUUAAUAAUGUUUGUUUACUAAUUAAAAUCGGUACUGCAAAGAGUCUGGAUUGGAAACAUCGUUGUGAGUAGUCUGUUAGCUCCUUGAACCUCUUGUGAGAAAGAGUUGCUAGCUGGUCUUCAUUAAAGUAUAAUUCGUUUGAAUACCGUUUACUAAUCUAAUUAACUUCAUAAAGGAUCAAACUGUUCAUAUUUUGUAAUCAAUCUCCUUGUUUAGACUGGGACUUAGCUUUUAUUACAAACGCAAAUGUCUAGCUGGACUGUAGCAGGUGUAUGUUAUUCAACAGAGGAAUUGUAAACGCAUUACAGCAGAUUAGCAGGGUUUCCUCCUUUAAAAUGUACACUGCGAGAUCCAAUUCGCAAGCCAGCUGUUUUUUAUCAAUACGUUUUGCCUUUCAGAGUUGCGCUUUGUAUCGUUCUUGGCGCUGCUAUUUCUGUAACAGAUCGGAUAGGAAGAGUGGUACAGCAGUGCACUGUAAUGCUGCCACUGGGGAAACCCUACCACCUCUUUUAUUUUUUGGAUCAGAUCCUUGAGGAAAGACCCAGAAUAGGAAAAGGCUGGAUGGAAGAACCUUGCAACCCAGGGAAGAGGGGGGAUAGCCGGAGAAGAGGGGGUGGAUGAGAGAGGGGAAGGGGACAAGGGAGAAGGUGGAGACGGUGGGAGGGAAGGGAUGACGGGACGGAGAGCAGAGUAGCGAUGGGGAGAAAGGAUGACACAGGGACGGAGAUGCGUAUUUUGCUGCAUGACUCCAAUGCGUCAGCAGCGGCUAGGGAGCCGGAGCGCGUCACAGAGAGUCUCUCCCCAAUCUUAACGGAUACCGCAGUGCUACCGGUAUAACGCAGGCAUAUGCCGCUGUCUGGGAACAGAUCCCGGCAGCAUCAUAUGCUAGGCUCCGGUAAAGGAGAAGCAGCAGGUUCGGCUAGAGCUCCGAGAUAAUCGGGCCUCGUCAUUUCCUAGACCCCGACCGGACCCAGCAGCUGGAGCGAGGAGAGCACCAGCCUCCCCAAGAAGCAUCACACAGGAGACUCUGACAUCGUCCCAGCAGCAGCCGGACUCGCGGGUCAGCACCAUGCACUAGGCUCGAACAGCUGGCAUCGUGCUGGCGUCGUGCACUAGGCUGCACGACACAAGCAGCAGAGCGGCGGGGCCGCUGAGCUACGCGGAAGAGCCAGCAGCAGCCGCCGGAACGGAGAGCUCGGGCCAUGCACUAGACUCCGGCUCAGCCCUAGCAGCAGCCGCCCCGCUCAUCCUAGUCGCCCUCUCGCCCCCCAUGGAGAAGGCGACCUCGCUGCACACUUCAGUGCCCACGCCUCCCCCUCGGCUCUACCUGCCUCGGAACUUCAGCUGCAGCGCCUGCCUCUAUGGCAGCCUGGCCGAGCACUGCAAGGGGGACUGCAGCCCGGAGCGCGAAGGGGAGCCGUCUCCCACGCCGGUGGUCCGAGAAGCGGCAGCCGCGGGGGAGAAGCCCCAGCCUUCUCGCGGCCGGGAGCCCUCGGUGCCUCCUGUGCCCCCCAGCCCCACGCUGCGCCGGCGAGCCAAGUCGCUGCCCACACCCGGAGAGCGCGGCCUGCGGCCGGCCCCGCAGCAGAGCCCGUCCCGCAGGAAGACGGUGCGCUUCGCCGACUCGCUGGGCCUGGAGCUCAUCUCCGUGCGCCACUUCUGCGAAGCCGACCUGCCCCAGGUGCCGCUGCCCCUGCCGGCCCGCGCCGCCGACCUACUCAAGACCCGGAAGCCGCCGGCGCUGGGCGAGCUGGAGCCGGUGCUGUUCGGCCCGUCGCCGCUGCUGGAGCCUCUCUUCCCGCCGCAGCCCGGCGCCAGCCCCGGCUUCGCGGAGCGGGUGCGGCGGCACAAGGUGAAGCUGGAGUGGGUGCGGGCCGAGCCCGCCGGCCUGCGCGGCGCCGUGCGCGUCCUCAACCUGGCCUACGAGAAGGCCGUGUCCGUGCGCUACACGCUCAACCGCUGGGUCAGCUGCGCCGAGGUGGCGGCCGCCUACCUGUCGCCGGGCCCCGCCGACGGCCUGACCGACCGCUUCUCCUUCCACCUGCCGGCGGCGGCCGCGGGGGGCACGCUGGAGUUCGCCGUGCGCUACCGGGUGGCCGGCACCGAGUACUGGGACAACAACGAGGGGCUCAACUACCAGCUGCGGGGCCGCCCGCGCGCCGCUCGGGCCGCCGCCUCCCCGGCCCAGGAGCCCGAGGGCGGCGCCUGGAUCCACUUCAUCUGAGCGGCCUGCGGCGGGACCGUUGUGCGUCGCCUGCUCUCUCCCGGGGAGACCCGAGCUCCCUCGCCCCCUUCCCUCCUGGACCCAGGCCACCCUCGCCGCCUCAGCACCUUUCCCCACUCGGCAGCCUCGCCGGUUUAGCGGCUGCCGGGCGCGUUGCACACGGGCCGCGCGCGGUUGGGGGCGGAAUUUCCCGCCAUGAACCUGACAGGGACCCUGGGAGCAUCGAGCGGGUAUCGUGAUAGAGCCCAGGGGGCCCCUGUUCGCCAGGGCGCUGCCACCGGCGGACGUCGGGACCUCCAGCCCGCCAGGAAUUCUGUGGCCAGGACUGGGGAAUAGGAGCAAGCAACUCUUUCACUCAUUAGAAAUCCUUAACAGAAUGCCAGGAAAUGUGACACUCAGGUAACUAUAAACUAAACUUCAAUUAGCUAAUCAUAGUAAUGCCCAUUAGUAUUUAAAAUCAAUGACUGAAACAUUGGCACAGUCAAUUUCAAUGUAAUUAUUUAAGAUAAGCUAAUUUUUACCUGCAUCUAGUCACAAUGGUCAGAUCAUAAAAAUAUUUUUUUGAGUAUGGAUAUCUGUGCCACAACAUAUUGUUAAACAAAAGGAUAAACACACAACUGAUUUUGUGUAUUGGGAAAAUGAAUCACUAGAAUGAACAGAUGUUUGUUCAUGCAUAACCUUGGUCUUUUUAUCAAAUACUUGAAGCAUGUUUUGAUAGAGCCUACAGGCAAAAAUCUGUUAAAUCUAUAUAAUUCUAAAUGUAAAUUAAUUCAUAGUAACAUUCAUAAUUUGUUUUAUAACAUAUGUUCAAACAUAAAAUGAGUUUUUAGGUGCCUUUCAGGAAUGACUAAUAAGAAAUUUAAUGUGUUCCUUAAUUAGGUUUCUUAUUUUUUGAACAAUCUAUUCAUGGCUUUCCCAUUAAAAUGCAUUUUAUAACAAAAACCUAAGAAUUCAUACUAAUCUGGUGACAUUUUUUCUACUGUGCGAGCAUUCCAGCAGUCUGCAGCAGCCAGAAGGAUUAAGUACUAUUUUCCUAUAUUGUAAUGAAAGGUGUUCUGGUGAGAAAUGUGUCUUCCUGGUAACCCUAUAACCCAUGUCAUUGUCUAGAAAGUAAAGUAAUACUGUGACCAUAAUUUAUAUUUAUUUAUUCAACAUGUGCACCAUUUUAUAAAGAUAUAAUUCUAAGUGUAUAUUCUCAGUGGAAUCAGAAAUUCUAGUUUUUUACAAGGCUGAUGUGUGUAGUGUUUACCCCUCCUUUAAAUGUGUGUUUCAGUUGCUUGUAUGGUGCAUAAUACAUAUCAUGAUAUCUGUGGAUGGAUUUCAUUUCUUUGCACAGUCUCUACCACAAGAUUCAAGUGCUCAAUAUAAGAAACAUGCUGUCUCUGAAUAAAAUUUCUUCUAGCUUUAAAUUAAUGCGCAUGGCUUUUUAGCAGAAUAUUAAUGAGUUUGUAUACUGUCAGCAACUCAUUUGUGCAACCUCUGAUAUAUGAAAGGAUCACCAGUUAACAUACUAAUUACAUUAUUGAAAUGAAAACUUGUUAGGUCUGAAGUUGUUCUAAGGCUUUACACACAUUUUCACUAUAAAGUUAGGGAGUGGAAAUAGUUAAAUUUGCUGUAAAACUCAACAACACACAAUGUGUAUUGUCUUAUACGUAACAAUAGCAUGCAGAAUAAAAAAUGUUAUUGAAAUAAUACAUACACUAGCAAUUCCAAAGAACAUAGUCAAGGAAAUCAUCAUUAAAUGUGAAUUGUACUACUUAAAAUAUAUGGGCUUUGUUCUAGUAAAAUGCAGGCAAAAAGCCUCCAUAUCCAGUGUAAGCAUAUUUAUACCAGGGAUUUUUUUCUAUGCAAUAUUGUGGUACACCUAUUUUUUUAGAGAUUAACUUGAAAUGUUAGUUAAUGUUCCUGCAUUGGUCUACUGUAUCUGUGGUACCAUAUGAAAGGGCUUGGUAAGAAAAACAUAUGUCUUAAAUAAUGUUUGCAUUGUGGGCCUUAUCCUGCUCCUGCUUCAAUCAGUGGUAGAACUUUAGGCGACUUCAGUAGGCCAGGAUCAGGCCCUUUAUAGUUGAUACUAAAAAAUAGCAUUUCAGAAGGUUUGGUAUAUAAAAUCCCUUCUGCAAUGCUGUUCAAAUAAGCUGCUUGGUUUGAGCCCCCAAAAUAUGGUAUUAUUAUUAUUUACUAAUAUGGUCAUAUUUCUUAUUUUAUACCUUAAAAAUACACUAAGUAGUGUUAAGGCUUUGAUCCACCAAGUUCUUAAACUUGUGCUUCAAGUUAAACACAAGUAGUACAACUGAGGUUGAUGGACUACUCACAUACUGAAAGUUUAAGCAUGUGCUUAAGUGCUUUGCUGGUGUGGAUCCUAACAAAUUGUGGCAUUGAUCCUUCAAUCAGAUCCAUGUGAGCAGUGGUGAAAUCCAUUUAUUUAAGUAGAUCCAGGACUUCACCCCUUGAUAAUCCAAGAAGCUCUACUUGAAUGGAAAGGCCUUCCUGCAUGGAUCCAAUUGCAGGACUAAGGCCUAUGUUAUAAGGUGUCUUCCAUUCUUAAAAUGGUUUGAACCAAACAACCUUUGCUUUUACAGUGUUACAUAAAUUGUUUCUCUAAUCACAAAUGAAGACACUAGCUGUUCAAGACUGCCUUCUUUUAGCAACAUAUGCAAUUUGUUGUAAUAACUUUUGUUAUAUAUUUUGAUUCACUUUGAGAUUAUUUAAAAAAAGUUGUCUUUUCUGAACAUGGACUGGUAAAUUGGCUUUGAUAUUAGUGUUUUCUGUAAUAUUUGCACUUCAAAAGUUAAUCUUGGUUUUCUGUUUCUAAUUUUUUUUUAAAUUAUUUCCUGUCAGUAAUAUAAAACGUUGAUUCUGGGGUUUAAUGCCUUUUCUCUUUUUGAAGCCUGUGAAUAAAAAUGUGAUUUAUCUUGCCUUACAACAACAUUACAUAUCUUGUCUACUUAAAUCAUACCUAGUCACUGAUUGUGUCACUAUGAUGGAAAAAGUAUAUUUAUAAACAUGUAACUACUAGUUGUCAUUAAAGAUGUGUGGUACAAAC